UUCGCAGACCUUCAGUUUUGCGAAACAUUUCCAGUGAGCAGGAUCAUCGGAGGAACUUCAGGAUCAGAAUUUGUGAAUCGCAAUGGGUUUGCUGCUUUUAACUGCGGUCAUUUCGGUGCUUAGUGGAGUGCUGUACUGGAUUCACCGGAAGCAGUACAAGUUCGCGGAAAAGUGGCCAACGGUUGAGCCGGUGUUUCCGUUGGUCGGGAACACAUUGAAGGUGGUCGGAAAGAACGAUGUUGAACGGUUCGAGAUAGUUAAGCGCGCGUUUGAGGCAUGCGAUCGGAUUACCAAGGCUUGGGCAGGACCGAAGCUGUUUCUGCUGACCAGCCAUCCGGAUCUGAUUCAGCAGUUGCUGAACAGUCCGGAUUGUCUGGAGAAGCCGUUUCUGUACAAGUUUGCCGGGUUCGGGAAGGGUCUCUUUACGGCCAAGUAUCACUUCUGGAAGGGACUCCGCAAGCGACUCAACGGGACCUUCAACCAGCAGGUCGUGAACGGGUUUGUGCCGCUGUUUGUCAAGUGUGCCGAGAAGAUGGUGGCCGGAUUGGACAAGUACGUGGACGGGGCCACGGUCAACGUGCACAAGUACACCGAGAUUGUAUUUUUGGAAAUGGCCUGCUCGACCACCCUUGGCGGGGACAUCUUUGAACGGCCCGGAAAGCACGAGUUUGCCGUGGGCCUUGAUCUAGCCUUCAAGGGAGCUUCGAAGCGCAUGAUAAGCCCGUAUUUGUACCCGGAUGUAGUGUACCGGCUGACAAGCUAUUGCACUGAGCUGAAGAACGCAAGAAAAGUCGUAGUUGAUUUUUUCCUAAAGCUGGUAUCCGAGAGAAGGCAGUACCUUUCGAACAACAACAACUACGAUGAUUCUGUUGGAUAUUUUGGAGAGGAAAAGGACGAGACCACCUCCGACCAACCGCGGAUCUUCGUGGACGAGCUGCUGAAGGUUUCCCGCGAUGGCAAAACAUUCAGCGAAACGGAAAUCACCGACAACAUGUACGCCGUAAUCACCGGGGCCGUCGACACGAGCAGUCUGGUAACGGCCCACGCCUGCCUGUUCCUGUCGUUCUACCCCGAAGUCCAGGAUCGACUGUUCAAAGAGGUCGAUGAAUUCUACCCGGCAGACUGUGCGUGCCUCGAUUUUUCCCCGGCCACGCUGAAGCAGCUGCGCUACACCGAAAUGUUCCUGAACGAAGUUCAACGCCACUGGCCGGUGGUUCCGUCGAUCGCCCGCCAGAACAUUGCCGCGAUCGAGAUCGACGGAGUGCGCGUUCCGCCCGGCCAGACCUUCAUCAUUGGCAUCAACGCGCUGCACCACCGGAAGGACGUUUGGGGCCCGGAUGCGGAGCGUUUCGAUCCGGAGAAUUUCUCCGAGGAACGCAUCAAGCAGCGCCAUUCGUACGCGUUUUUGCCGUUCAGUGGGGGCAAGAGGAUUUGCAUUGGUUACAAAUACGCACAAAUCGCGAUGAAAAUUGUCAUGAUCUACCUGGUGCGAAACUUCAAGUUUAGUUCAAAAAUCAAACCAGAAGAUGUCAGAUUUAAGCAUGACCUAACGAUGAAACUGGCGUUCGAUCAUUUGGUGCAGAUAACCAAACGGAAUCCAACGAACUAACUUUUUUUGGAAUUUUGUGUUGUUUUAAACAUAGAAAACUAGAAAGAGUUGAUGGACAAAUAAAUUAUUUUUUUGUAAAAUCAUAAAAAUAACACUAAAA